ACGAACACGACAAACAAGCCCAUUAUGAACUUCAUCGCGGCAGGGGAGUCCGGACCCAUCCUCAUCUGAACGAUCGACAUGUCUCAUCGCGACAAGACCGGCAUCAGCUCAGCGGAGAUCUGGGAGGACGUUAUACGAAAUGACAUUGGCAUCAAGAAUGUCAAUGCGAUUUGCACGGACAACGCCGAGGUCAUGAAAACUGCGGCGCACACGUUGCAAACACACCCAUAUCCUGCUAUGCGUGUCCUUCCCUGGAUCCCGUGUGCAGCACAUUGCCUGAAUUUGCUGCUGAGGGACAUUGUCGCACAACCUUUUGCGCGACAGACGAUGAGAGACGCGCACAAGAUUGUGAAGUUCAUGCGCAACAAACAAAACACGCUUGCACUUCACAAGAUAAUGAAGAAGGCGCUGGUGCUCAAACGACCAGUGAAGACGCGUUUCGGUACAUCAUACGUGAUGCUGGAGAGGCUGUACGACCAGAGGGAGGUCUUGGACACGUUAGUGUCGUCGGAGAGGUGGGCUACGGUGCGAUGGGCCAGGGAUGCUCGAGAGCGGAUGCCUCAUGUCCGCACGCUUUGCAGGAAUGACGGCUUUUGGAGUGGCGUGAAGAGGGUCAUGGACGUCAUGGGUCUCGUUUAUGGGUUCCUCAAGGAUGUUGACAGGGACGGUUCAUCACCCACUGACCUGUGGGAUUUGGAGGCCAUCCUACGGGGGCGACUUCGUUCACUGGAGUUGUCGGACAUUGACAGGGACGCGGUGACGGACAUCGUGAGGGACAGGUACGUGGACAUUUGGGCGGACCAGGUUGAGGAUGAGGAGGUCGCUUUGGAUGUGGAUGACGUCAUCCCUGCACAUGUGCCGAAGGAGGAGUACGAGGCGAUUGAGAGGAGCAACAGGAGGAAGGAGGGUCGCAAUCGAGCUGGGAACGACAAGGCACCAACAGUGGACUCGGAGGAUGAGGAGGAGGACAUUUUUGAUGACCUCGUGUGGAUGCACCAGGGGAUUAGGAAGGAGGCAGAGGCAAGGAGGGGUGCUGGGACGAAUCUUCCAGAGGACCAGCACGACUUGCUGGACGAGGAUGACGGCUUUUGGAGUGGCGUGAAGAGGGUCAUGGACGUCAUGGGUCCCGUUUACGGGUUCCUCAGGGAUGUUGACAGGGACGGUUCAUCACCCACUGACCUGUGGGAUUUGGAGGCCAUCCUACGGGGGCGACUUCGUUCACCGGAGUUGUCGGACAUUGACAGGGACGCGGUGAUGGACAUCGUGAGGGACAGAUGCGCGAUGAUGCGACAGCCUGCUCAUGCAGGUGCUUACCUACUGGAUCCACGACGGCGCGAUAUUUCAUUGCUUGAAAACCGCAGCAGGCCUGUCGUGCAGUCUGCGCUUGAGCACUUCGCUCGCGUUGUCGGAGGGUGGGACAGCGAUGCCAUGCCUAGUAUGUGGGAGGCCCUGUGGACUUUCCACAGCGACGACCCGCAAUAUUGGCCACAAGAUGGUCAGCACUGGUGGGACUCGUUCGCUACCGCCGACGCGAACAAGAUGCAUCCGUCGAUGUGGUGGGGGCUUCACGGUGGUCAGCAGCCCGUUUUGCAGGGCAUUGCGCAGGCUGUGAUGGGCACGUGGUCCACCGCUAGUCCUUGUGAGAGGAACUGGGCCACGCACGACUUCGUUCACACGAAAUUAAGAAACCGCUUGACGGCGCGCAACGUUGAGAAGCUCGUGUUCAUCCAUUGGAACUUGCAGCUCCUUAGUGAGAGCAAGCGGUCGCAGAGCAGGUACGUGGACAUUUGGGCGGACCAGGUUAAGGAUGAGGAGGUCGCUUUGGACGUGGAUAACGUCAUCCCUGCAGAUGUGCCGGAGGAGGAGCACAAGGCGAUUGAGAGGAGCAACAGGAGGAACGAGGGUCGCAAUCGAGCUGGGAAGGGCAAGGCACCAACAGUGGACUCGGAGGAUGAGGAGGAGGACAUUUUUUAUGACCUCGUGUGGAUGCACCAGGGGAUUAGGAAGGAGGCAGAGGCAAAGAGGGGUGCUGGGAUGACUCUUCCAGAGGACCAGCACGACUUGCUGGACGAGUGGGGUGGACAGGAUCCGCACGACGACUUCGACGCAUACGUUGGUGCUGCAGAUGCAGCAGGCAGCAGCAGGCUAAAAAGAUCUGACUUUACGAAGACAACCAUGCCAAAAGGAGGGAGGAAGACGCGGCCACCACGGAGGCCAUUGGAAGCAUCAGGGGGUCACGAGCGGCAUGGGUCUCACCGGAAGGAGCACACACCCGUGCAUGAUGACGGGAAUAUAGAGCUCUUCCUGGAUGAGUUCCGAGGAUAUGCGGAGCGCAUAGGGUGGACGGUGGCAGAGAGGAUAGAGAGGUUGAGGGGAGUUGGCCGAUUUGAGGAGCCCAUCGUGCGGAUCUGUAGGGAGGCGAGGACCUAGCCAGAGGUGGAGAUGAGGAUGCAGGAGUUGAGACCGUCACCCGUAGGACCAGACGGUAUGCCGAACCGCC